UAACUUUCGGCUUAUUAAUAUAUAAUAAUAAUUUCAAUAAGUGCCACGAAAAGAUAUAUUGUUUAAAAUGAGAUCGCGUAAACUGAAGAAUGUAUUUACCGCGUAAAAAAUCUCAUGUAUGAAAAACUACCGUGUAUAUUGAAGGAUGAGUGUACAUACUUAAAUAUACAUACAUACAUACAUACAUACAUAUAGAGGAUGGAUAAAAUAAUGGUGAACACCUGGAAAAUGACCUACAAGGUGCUCACAUUAUUUUCUCUGUUCUCUACAACACUUUCGUAAACAUUUUAAACGUGAAGAAAAUUUAUUAGAUUGGAAUUACAUUUUAGUGUCUAAUAUAUAUUUAAUUUAUCUGCAAAUAUUUUGUAUAUAUUAGGUUUACUUAAAAAUAAAUUAGCGUAUUUUCACGUAGAAAGGGAUAAUUUUAAACGUCAACAUAGUGGCUUCACAGAGUUGAGCUGUGCACGGUUAUGCGCAAUAGAUACACACCCAAAUACAUUUAAUGGAUAAUUCUACGUUUAUAGAAAGAAUAUUGUAAUUAAUUGUAAUUGUUUUUCGAAGAGUAAUUUUAAAACAGAACAAUAGGCUUGUUUCCUAUUGCUGUAUUGAACGCUGGUGAACUAGCACUAAGCUAGAACGAGAAAAAAAAAUACUUUUCUUACUCUAAUUUAUUGCACUAGUUCAUCAGUGUAGCCAUAGAAAACAAGCCUCUUAUUACGAUAUCUUAUUCCGCUUUAUUUCGCGAGUGUAUACUUAACAUAAGGGAAUUGGUAUAAAAAAAACUGUUCAUUAUACGUAUGAUAAUAGUCUAUGGAAAAUAGGGUUCUAGAUAGUUCUUUCGAUAUUAUACGAUCUCUUUUGCGUUACACAAAGUUGAAUCAUAAUAUUGUGUAUUCAACAAUGGGUUCAAACAAAACCAAAAAUUUUGCAUUUUCGCGUUGUAGUCGUUUUCCUAAUAUACAUUUUUUUCCUUGUAAUUACGUUCCCUCUGUUCAAAGUUAUUCUGUUCUAUCAGUACAUUGAUAUAUAUAUAUACACAUAAAUUUAUAUAUAUAUACAUAUAUUUUUGUAUAAUUAUUUUUAUGAUAAAUGUUUAUUUUUACACCACAAAUGCAUAUUUACGGCAAAGAUAUUUUCGCGAUUAACACGAACUAUGCAACGUUUUUUUUUUCAAAUAUCUGCGGUAAAAUGCAUUUGUGUGACAAUCGAAACGUGUACCCUGGGCAAAAUAACUUUGACAUUACUGUACAAAAAACAGCGAUAUACACAUGUAAUAAUUUCAACAAUUAUAAUACGAAAUAAAAUUUCAAAAGACAAAAGACUGUUGUUUCUCAACGACAUUCCAUGCGCACGUGAACCUUGCAUGUCCACUUGCACGAUAAGAACAUGAUAAAAAAAAUGAUAUGCGAGUUAACUGCGUCGUUUAACAAAUAAGCAAAAUAAGUUAUCUCUUCUUUUGCGGAAAUGUUUGUAACAACGCGUUUGCCUAGAAUCCCAUCCAGAUAGAAUAAGUGCAACGAUAAAAACGUGUGAAAUACGAUCCUGGAUAAAGAUUUUUAUCUUAAUUUUUUUUAAUAACGGCUACGCGCCACUGUGGUGCCUGUUCGUUAAGUGAAUUCUUGAGGCACGAUACGCCACUGCGAAUGCUACCCUUCAACAAUAAGCGAUUUGGGACGAAAGGACACUGUAGGGGCUCUUUCUCCCUGCUUCGUUCCACGGUGAAACGGUCGUGCGUCCGUUCGUUUCCACGUGUUUCUAAUUUACACUUUCGUUUUAUCGAGGGAUGCUCUGUGAUACAAUAAAAUUGAUAUAGUGUGAACCGAUCGCGGGACUAAUAAAAAUCGACAGCGUAGUUCCUGUGCUCAGUUGUGAUUUAAUUGUUAAAAAAAACCGACUAUAACUUUGAUGUCACUAGAACCUUUGCUUCAAGAGCGAAUUUCGCUGACUUACGUCCAGUCUAACAUCUCUCCAAUUUUCUUUUCGAAGGUUUUUUCGCGGCAUACAUUACAUACUUUUCGAAAUACUUAACGUCACUUAAGAUCUUAGAACGAACGUUGAAGCUGGCCACCGAGACGAGUUUCGACGACGUUAAAUUACAGUCAAUACCCCGUCUUUCUUGUAAGAGCUUCCGAGCAGAUUGCUCGAUCACAGGUGAAAAGUUUUUGAAGUGAAAAUAUUACAAAGAUGCCUAGAUGCACCCGGCGUCCAUAUGGCGAGGAUAAUACGCCAAGUAAUUCUUCCACACCACCGUCUGGAGAAGGAGACGAGUGUGGAAUCUAUAAUUCUAUGGAAUUACUCCGCCUUGCCUCAAAUCCUGGUGUAUUUAACGGAUCAAAGCGUAACGGGUAUGAAGUGAAAACGGUCCGUUUGAAAAGCUUCGAGAGCUGGCCGUGUUUGUCGCCGGAAAAAUUUGCAGAGGCUGGAUUUUAUUAUACAGGAGUAGACGACAAAGUGAGAUGUUUCGAAUGUAAAGUAGAAAUAUGGAAUUGGAAGUUGAAUGUCGAUCCGAUGUUCUACCAUAAACAACGUUCUCCGAGAUGUAAAUUUAUUGGUAAUACUUCAUGCAACGUGCCAAUGAAUGUUAAUACUAACACGAUUCUGACUAUGUCUGGAGAUGUGUGCGGACCCUACAGUUUAGAAGAAUUGUCUGAUUCGCCCUCAAGUGUGAAGUAUCCUGUAUACAACACUUACGAUGCUAGAUUAACUUCUUUUGCCGAAUGGCCCAAAGUGCUAUCAUGUCUUAAAAAGAGACUAGCGGCUGCAGGUUUGUUUUACACAGGAAAUAGCGAUCGAACAAGAUGUUUCACAUGUGGAAUAACAAUAGUACAGUGGGAAUUGGAUGAUGAUCCUUGGCAGAAUCAUGCUAAAUGUUCUAGAACGUGUUCUUACCUUUCUACGACCAACGAGAAAGAUUAUAUGGCCAACUUCUUUAUUGAAAAAACAAGAGAGAUCUUUAAAGAAGAAAUCGUAGAACCUGUGGUAUAUCAGAGCAAACUAAAGAAGUUAAAUUAAUGUGUGUAUUGCUAGAGGAAAUUCGUGAAGUGUAAAGAGCUUUCAUGACAUUGUUUUUGGAAAUACAGAAAAACUGGCAACAAAGAGAGAAAUCGUCCAUCAUAAUACAUUGUGUUCAUAUUUAAUAAUACAUUGCGAUGUAUUUAUCUCUGACUACAUUAGUAGUUUUUAUUUAUUUUUCCGAUGUAUUUAUUUGUGAUUUCUGCUGUAUUAGUAGUUUUUCUUAUUAUUAUUGGUAAAAAUUGACUCUAACAGUACAAGUAGAUUCCACGAAAGUUUGGAGGAUAUCAUAAAAGUAUAUGUUAAAGAUAUUCUCAGGUAUUAUUACAUCCUAUAAAAGUACCGAAUCAUGUGUGUUGUUAAAGGAUAUUUGUGCGCUACAAAAUAAAGUGACAUGACUUGUAUGGCAAAACUUUGAAGAUAUUAUUUCUAAUAUUCUAUAUAUAUCUAUAUAUU